AUCAAACUCAUCCUUAGCUCACAUUCUCUAGCAUAAAAAGAAAAGAAAAUUUCCUUUGUUUUUAGAGGAAGAGAAACUCGAUGGACAGUGCCUAUCUGUUCACUACUGCCGUACUCAUUGUGGGCUUAUACUUUUCCCCUAAAUUUCAUGUAGCAGAUGCAGCUCAUACUUGGCUUUCGGCACAUGCAACAUUCUAUGGUGGAAGUGAUGCUUCUGGAACUAUGGGUGGAGCUUGUGGUUAUGGCAAUCUCUAUACAGAUGGUUAUGGAACAAACACAGCUGCACUCAGCACUGCUUUGUUUAAUGAUGGCAAAGCAUGCGGAGGGUGCUAUCAGAUAACUUGUGAUGCAAGACAGGUGCCUCAAUGGUGUCUCAAGGGUAAAUACAUUACCAUCACUGCCACCAACUUCUGCCCUCCCAACUAUGCACUCCCAAGUGAUAAUGGGGGUUGGUGUAAUCCACCCCGACCACACUUCGACAUGUCUCAACCUGCAUUCGAGACCAUAGCUAAAUACAGGGCUGGAAUUGUACCAGUCCUCUACAGGAGGGUUACAUGCAGGAGAAAGGGGGGCAUGAGAUUCACCAUCAAUGGAAGGAAUUAUUUUGAGCUAGUGCUCAUAUCGAAUGUUGGAGGUUCUGGAGAGAUUUCCAGGGUAUGGAUAAAGGGAUCCAAAACCAACAAAUGGGAAAGCAUGUCCAGGAACUGGGGUGCCAAUUGGCAGAGUUUAAGCUAUCUAAAUGGUCAGAGCUUAUCUUUCAGGAUUCAAGCUAGUAAUGGCAGGAUUCGAUAUGCUCUUAAUGUGGUGCCUUCCAAUUGGCAAUUUGGUCAGUCUUUUAAAACCAAUGUUCAGAUUUAGAACUCUGCAUACCAUCUCACAUGUAUUUAUGUAUUUUGUUUUUACUUUGUUUUCAUUUACUUCAAAGUUGUAUCAUAAAGUGUCAUCACUUAGGCUGUGGCUCAGCGUUUUGCAAUGAAGCCCGGCAAGUGACUUAUUUUAUAAAAUAUAUUAGCCGACUAGUGGCUGUUUUAUUGUAA